UUGCAUGGGAAACAUGGACCAGCUGUUCGUAUCGGUCCUAAUGUUGUUAGUCUUAGCGAUCCACACCUGAUCAAGACUGUAUAUUCGACCCGUGGAAACUUCCUCAAGGUGAAUCCAAACAUGUUUGGUCUUCAAGUAAAAUACCAAAGAUACUGACAAUAAUUUUAGAGCGAUUUCUACUCGGUGAAUGCCGUUGUUCAGGAUGGCCAUACUAUCCAGAAUGUGUUUGGUACCAGAAGUAAUGCUUUCCAUGCAAAGUAUAUGAAGCCUAUCCAGAAGCUUUAUUCGAUGAAAAAUAUCCUUGAAAUGGAGGAUGCAAUUAGCAAGACCAUCAUUCUGUGUUGCGAACAACUGGAACUUCGAUUUGUAAACGGAAUGAACGCUGGGAAGACCUGUGAUAUUGCUGACUGGAUUGCAUACUGUGGGUUUUACGUAGUUAUUAGCCCUUUAAAUGGAUGCUAACUUCUGCCUCAAGUGUCAUGGGAUGUAGUCGGAGAGAUAACAUUUAGCAAGGAAAUGGACUUUCUGAAGUCUGGGGUGGAUGUUCGAGAUACGAUUCUUACUGCGGAGUCGAUUAUGCACUACUUUGGUACUGUACGUGUUCUCGACAUCAUACUUUGUAGCCGUGUUAACAGUCCAUCUCUGAAUAGGUUGGACAAAUGCCUGUUCUUGAUACAUGGCUAGGCAAAAAUCCGUGGUCUCCGAUCAAGUUCCGUACUUUCAACAACGUCGCAGGAUAUUGUGUUGAGCGUUUGAUAGACCGUGUAUCGACUUCCAAUGAAAGCAAAUCACCGCACGAUUUUCUUAACAGCUUCAUCGAAGCCAAAGCCGUAAAUCCAGAAAUAAUCACCGAUAAUGAAGUAGUGGGAUAUCUUCUUCUCAAUGUAGGCUUCCCACUGCCAAACGUCCAAUUCAAGCGAGUAGAUGCUAAUCUAAGCGAAGAUGCUGGCCGGAGCAGAUAUCACGGCAAUUUCACAAAAAGCGAUUGUAUACCAAGUUCUCAAGAAUCCCUCCGUACUUGCCAAGCUAGUCGCCGAAAUCGACGCUGCCAAUAUCCCAUUCCCUGCCACGUAUGCCACCACUCAGAAACUACCAUAGCUACAAGCUGUCAUCAAAGAAGCACUUCGAAUCCAUCCACCAGUUGGUCAAACCCUAGAACGCAUCGUCCCAGCACAAGGACUCGGUCUACCUGAUGGAAGGGUGAUCCCCUCCGGUACAAUAGUAGGGAUGAAUCCCUGGGUAGUAACUCGUAACAAGGAAAUCCACGGUGAAGACGUUGAAGUGUUCCGACCAGAAAGAUGGCUGAAGAGUGAGGAUGAGAGCGAGGAUACUGCUGAAGCUAGAUUGAAAAUCUUGAAGGAUGUAGAUUUUAUUUUUGGCGGGGGCAAUAGGGUUUGUACGGGUAAGAACUUGGCUCUUACGGAAAUGUCAAAGGUUACAGCUACUCUUUUUGGUCGAUAUGAGGUAGGUGGACUCUAUUCUUUCUUUCAUCUUUUUCUCAAGGACAAUAAGCUCUAACUGCUAAUAGAUGGAACCCGUGAAGCAAGAUUGGAAAGUGCAUUAUUGGUGGUUUGUUUUCACUGAUAAAAUCCGAAUCAAGUUGAGCCGUCGGAAUCUUUGA